GGCGCGCUCGCAAGAUGCAGGCCAUGGACCCGGCCGCGGCGGAUUUUUACGAAGUGGACGGCAAGGAUCUGGACUUCUAUGACUUCGAACCGCUCCCCACUCUGCCCGAGGACGAGGAGAACGUGUCCCUGGCCGACAUCCUGUCCCUGCGGGACAGCGGCCUCAGCGAGCAGGAGGCCUGGGCCGUGUGCCUGGAGUGCAGCCUGUCCAUGAGGAGCGUCGCGCACUCGGCCAUCUUCCAGACGCUCUGCAUCACGCCCGACACCCUGGCCUUCAACACCAGCGGGAACGUGUGCUUCAUGGAGCAGCUCAGCGAUGACCCCGAGGGAGCCUUUGUUCCCCCGGAGUUCGAUGUGACCGGGAACACCUUUGAGGCUCACAUCUACUCUCUGGGGGCCACGCUGAAGGCUGCCCUCGAGUACGUGGCGGAGCCAGAGCCAGAGCCCAGGCUGAGCCGUGACCUGGAGGCGCUGCUGGACCAGAUGCAGGCCGAGGACCCUGGGGACCGGCCAGAUCUCGAGAGCAUCAUUGCGCUGUGCGAGGAGAAGACGCAGCUCAUGUCCUCCUGCCGCCUGUGCCGCAACCUCUCGGCCGUCGGGAGGAGGGUGCUCUCCCUCGAGUCCUUUGGAACCUUCCAAGAUAUCAGCGAGAGCGCCUGGAGGGGGAGACUUGCUCCAAGAAGUGUGGGGCCCAAGAGGCAGCCUGGGGACCAUGGCGCUGACCCGGAGGCCCCACCCGCCCCUCAAGGCCGGCCCCAGACGCCCGCCUGCGACCCCAGGACCCUGUCCUCCAAGCUUUUGCUGUCACCCCCUGCAAAAAACGGAGAAAGCCACAUCGGGGAGGGACUGGCCAGCCUGGUCCUGGACGCCCAGCGCCCCACAGAGAGGGGCCGCCUGAGGAAAGUGCAGACGGUCCCCAGGCUCCUGCCCGAGGGCCCCGAGGCCAGCGCCCUCUGCCUGCCGCUGACCGGCGUGAACAACCAGUUGCCCACAUUGGAAUUCUUCCCUUCAGACCCCGGGAAGGCCUUUCCCGAGAGGAGGAGUGGCCCUUCCAGCUUCCACGGCCAGCCCAAGUCCAGGCUGCAGCCGGAGCAGGAGCCUGGGCUCCCGGGGGAAGGGGCUCGGGGUGUGGGUCCCAGUGGGGGCGGGGCGGCUGGGGUGCCUGGCCAGGGCCCUGCGGAGGAAUGCCACCCUCCCUGUCCUGAGGACCCUCAAGAUGCAGGUGGAGACUCAGGGAUGAUGUUGGGGGUCGAUCAGCAGAUUCCAGAAGGAGCCGGAGAGCCAGGAAGUGCAGCCUCAGUCCAGGGCGUCUCCCUGCAGGACCUCCUGUCGAAGCUGGGCCGGCCCUUCAAGGAGUACGAGCUGUGGGCUCUGUCCCACGCCUGCCUCAGCGCUGUAGGCACCCACCCCCGGCAGCCAGCCUACCUGUGUCCGGACUCCGUGCUGGUGGCCGAGGAUGGGGCCGUGCUGUUCAGGCCGCCCCCUGCCAACGGCACCUCCAACUCGUUCUUCCUGGCCCCCGAGGUGGCAGAGCAGCAGCUGGUGACUGAGAAGGCCUCCGUGUACUGUGUGGCCGCAGUGCUGUGGAUGGCGGCCAAGUUCAGCGUCCCCCAAGACCACAAGCUGGCCCUGCCACGCAGGCUCAAGACCCUCCUCCUGGAAAUGGCCAGGCGCAGUGCCCAGGAGCGGCCGUCUGUGGCCGAGGCCAUCAAGAUAUGUGGCAGUUACCUCCUUCAGCGAGGCAUGGACAGCAGAAAGAUUUUAGCGCACCUGAGGGCAUCCACCUGUAAGGUUUACCAGGAGGAAGAGACCAUCAGUCUCCAAAAUGUGUUCUCGGUGGUUGAACUGACCCCCAGCGCAGCGCCAGCUCCCGGGUCCAGCUCAGGCUUCGUGCAGGUCAGCGGUGACACCAGACUCGUGGCUGUGCAGGGGCCUGCGCCCGAUCCACCCUCCUGCUGCGAGGAGGCCUUGGAGCUGCCCGAAGCAUUCGCCUCCCCAGCCACACACUUCAAGCCCAUCGUCCUCGCACCCGACGCAGGUGCGGCCAGGGAGGUACUUGCCAGGUCGGGGCCGGCAGAGAGGCCAGAGGAGAGGAAAGGCAGGCUGGACGGGGACACUGAUGAGAAAAAGGCUCCUGAGGCCCACGCAGUGGCCACCAGCUUGGAGACACCUGACCAGAUGGCACCUGGACCCAGCUCGUGUGGCACAGCCCCAGGACCCCCAAGAGAGUUGGUGCUGAGAGGGUCAGCCCAGGGGUGCCCCUGCCCCCCAGCUCCCACCUCCUCAGCGAUGCCCCAGGAGGGAGGGCUGGAGGAGCGGGUCCCACCUGGAGCCACUUCCAGAGGCCUGGGGCCCCGCACCCCAGAGCCCACCACAGCUCGCCAGGGCCUGCAUCACCCGGCCAAGCCACCCAGGAGCAAGGCCACCAAGGGCCCCGGCCAGGAGCCCCAGGGCCCACCAUUCAGCCCCUCCCUGGCCAAGGCGAGUCCAGACAGCCCCAGGGGUGCCCCAGACAGUCACCCCGAGCAACCCCGGCCAGCAGACCGCAAGCUGUGUCCAUCCAGUGUGGACGCCUCACCCGUCCCCAAGAGCACGGCCUGCCCGUCCCUGCAGGAGGCCACGCGCCUCAUCCAGGAGGAGUUCGCCUUCGACGGCUACCUGGACAACGGGCUGGAGGCGCUGAUCAUGGGGGAAUAUAUUUACGCCUUGAAAGAUCUCACCUACGCCACUUUCUGCGGGGCCAUAUCAGAGAAGUUCUGUGACCUCUACUGGGGGGAGAAGCUGCUGCAGAACCUUUUCAAAGUGGUGAACGAGAGGACGUCACCCUCCCGGAACACCCCGGAGGAGGCUGGGUCACAGCCCGAGGGCGGCCAGGCCAGCGCACGAAGCGGUUGCUCGCCGUCCAGCAAACGGCCCUUGUUGCGCGGAGCAGGUGAGCCAUCGGGCGUGGCCGAGUUCCAGAGCUGCAGCCCCGGCUGGAGCAGCGCCUUCUACGAGGCCGACUGCUUUGGCACCGACGUCCACAACUACGUGAAGGAGCUGGAGGGGCAGAAGGCCGGUGGGGCCCCCGACACCUCAAGCCCGGAGCUGGAGCAGCAGCUCAUGAUAGAGAAGAGAACCUACCGGAAGACCCUUAAGUUCUACCAGAAACUCUUACAGAAGGAGAAGCGGAGUAAAGGCUCCGAGGUGAAGACGAUGCUGUCCAAACUAAAGGGGCAGCUGGAAGAAAUGAAGUCCAAGGUGCAGUUCCUCGGGCUGGUCAAGAAGUACCUACAGGUCGUGCACGCGGAGCGGUGGGGCCUGGAGCCCUGUGCCCUGCCCGUGAUCGUGAACAUCUCCUCGGCCCCCUGCGACACGCUGGACUUCAGCCCCCUGGACGAGUCCUCGUCCCUCAUCUUCUACAACGUCAGCAAGCACCCGCGGGGUGGCCGGCAGCGCAAGGCCCGCGUCCUGCAGGCCGGCACGCCGCUGGGGCUCAUGGCCUACCUCUACUCCAGCGACGCCUUCCUGGAGGGCUACGUGCAGCAGUUCCUGUACACCUUCCGCUACUUCUGCACACCCCAGGACUUCCUGCACUUCCUCCUCGACCGCAUCAGCAGCACCCUGUCCAGGGCCCAUGAGGACCCCACCUCGACCUUCACCAAGAUCUACAAGCGCAGCCUCUGCCUGCUGCAGGCCUGGGUGGAAGACUGCUACACCGUGGACUUCACCAGGAACGCCGGGCUGCUGGGGCGGCUGGAGGACUUCAUCUCCUCCCAGAUCCUGCCCCUGGACAGCUCCGUGGAGCACCUGCUGGGCCUCCUGGAGGUGGGCACAGACCGGCGGACUGAGGGCGCCCCACACAGCACAGACCUGGAGGUCCCCAAAGAGACCGAGGAGGCUACCAGAUCCCUCAACGCCCUCUGUAAGAGGCUCUCAGAAGACAGCAUCUCCCGCAAGAGCUUCCCCUGGAGGCUGCCCCGGGGCAACGGGCUGGCACUGCCACACAAGGAGCGCCAGUACACCAUCGCGUCUGCCCUGCCCAAGCCCUGCUUCUUCGAGGACUUCUGCGGCCCCUAUGCCAAGACCAGCGAGAAGGGGCCCUACUUCCUGACUGAGUACAGCACCCACCAGCUCUUCACCCAGCUGACGCUGCUGCAGCAGGACUUGUUUCAGAGGUGCCAUCCCGUCCACUUCCUAAACUCACGGGCCCUGGGCGUCAUGGACAAAAGUGCCGCCAUCCCGAAAGCCAGCUCCUCUGAGUCUCUGUCGGCCAAAACCUGCAGCCUGUUCCUGCCCAACUACGUCCAGGACAAGUACCUGUUGCAGCUUCUAAGAAGUGCAGACGACGUCAGCAACUGGGUGGCCGCCGAGAUCGUGACCAGCCAUACCUCCAAGGUUAGCGGCCUCCGCAGCUCUGAGCGCAGAGCAGGGCCUGGGGUCCGACUGCACGGCGAGCGGCCCUCCCUGAGGGGCCUCGUCGUUGUCCGUCUCCCAGGGCAGGGCGUUCGCAGGCCCGGCCCCCGGCCAUCAGAUGGUGCAGCCAAGUUCAUGUCCGCUCCUGGUACUGACAGCCUCUGCAGUUUCUUCUUUCCUUCUCUGAUACUCCUUCGUGUCCCUCACCCCAAGGCCCGCAGGGCAACCCCAAGGCCCAUUAAUAAAUGCCAGUUUCUAUUUCUUUCCCCUUUGGGAAGGAACUUUGCGACCGCCAUGCAGAUCCUGGGGGGCCUGGAGCACCUCGCCGUGAGACAGUGCCCGGCCUGGAGGAUCUUACCUGCGAAGAUAGCAGAGGUCAUGGAGGAGCUGAAAGCCGUGGAGGUGUUCCUGAAGAGCGACAGCCUGUGUCUGAUGGAAGGGCGCCGCUUCCGGGCCCAGCCCACCCUGCCCUCAGCCCGCCUCCUGGCCAUGCACAUCCAGCAGCUGGAGACUGGGGGCUUCACCAUGACCAAUGGGGCCCACAGAUGGAGCAAGCUCAGAAACAUAGCCAAGGUGGCCAGCCAGGUGCACGCGUUCCAGGAGAACCCCUACACCUUCGCCCCCGACGCCAAGCUGCAGGCCUGCCUCAAGCAAAGAAUCGCGCGGUGCAGCGGGGCUGACGUGUCCAUCUUAGCCGCAGACAGCCGGGCCAGCUACCACCAGAUCGCCAGCGAAAAGCACUCUCGGAAGAUCCAGGACAAGCUACGGAAGAUGAAAGCCACAUUCCAGUGACGGAGGAUGGGGGGUGGACGUCGGAUUCCACACCAAGGACGGAGCUGGGGAGAAAGGAGCCCGCCCGCUCGCUGCUCCAGGCCAAUGGCCCCGCGGGCGCAGCCCCUGCCACCUUAGACUAGGGACCCCCAACGCAGGCCCAGCGUGGGCCUGUGGGCACCAGAACAGGAGAGCAAGGGGCUCAGACCACGAUUCAGAGGGGACAGGCACCAGUGCAAGUCAGGGGGUUUCUGCUAGAAAAUUUAAACAUGAAAUCUUAACAUUUUAAAUGAAAAUAGACAAAGUAAACGCCCGGCUCUUUCCUGGAGCCCCUGGGAGAAGGAGUUAGGGAAGGAAUCUGCCAUUUCAGUAGGAGGAGGGGUGCAGCUUUCAGAGAGAAAUGGCCCUCCCCACUUCUCCAGGGAUCCAACCUACCCCCAAACCCACCCCACCUCCCAGCCUCUGAUUUUAACUGAGUUGCCCAAUGAGCAGUGUUUUCAUGGGCCUGGCCUCCAUGUGCCCAGCAACAAAGGACCAAGGCUGACCUCUGACCCCCACACCCACCAUAAGUUCCAAGGGGUUCUGAACCCUUCCACGGGGGUCCUGAGGCUUCCCAGUAGCCCAAGCCCCAACCUGGUUCACACUCCCUCCCCCCAGACCUUCCCCCACCCAGACUUCCCCUGGCUCACCCUGUCCCAGCCAAGUGGGGGUCCCAGAGCCCUGCAGCCCUUCCUGCCACCCAUUCCAACUGAGCCUCCUGUUGCUGGCAAGCGCCUCCCAGCUCCACACUUGCAGCCCCUCCAAGUACCCUCUGGCCCCACGUGCCCACUGCCCCCACUUAGAGCAGCUUCUGGUGGGACAGGUGCGCCCUGGCCAAGGUUCUGCUUCCUAGCAAAGCACACAGGACACAACAGCUCCAAAGCAGAGGCAGCUUCGGGGACCCUGAGAGGUCCCUAGCCCUUCUGGGGGUCAAGGGGCCCUUGGGCUGUGGCUGCUGCCCACCUGCUCCAGCAGCCAUGCAUGCCACGCACACACCCAGCCUGGGCUCCCGCCGCUUGCCGUCACCAGCGCUUCAUCGGAACCAACCAGGAAAUGAAGUUUGCUGCCUAAAUGGCGCCAAGCUCUUCUCCAGGGCUCCUCCCCCGUGGCUGGUGCCGAGCACAGCUCAGUGGGUGGGGGACACCCUGGGAGGGGGCCUGCUGUCACACCCACCACGGGGCCUCUUCCCCGGCGUGGGAGGCCAGAGCCCCUGGCACCAUCCCCCGUUCUUCCACUCAAAUCAUUGCAAGACCCACGACUGCUCUUCUGAGUUUUAGGAUUAGUGAUUCUUUCGAGCAACCAGCUGUAUUUCUAGGAACACUGUUACUAGUGAUAAAACGCUGCUCUUCUCAACAUCAAGAUGUGUUUUCCCACAUACAUUCAUUCCAGGUCCUGCUUACAUGGCGUAAGGGGGCUCGGCUCUCCUGGCCAUGCCAACGUGGCUUUAUUUUUUUUAAGCUUUUAUAUGAGGAUUGUGUUCUGCCAAUCAACUCUGACAUUUUCAGAUUUUGAAUUUAACAAGAUAGUGUCACAAAGCCUGAAGCAAAAUUAGUGUCCAGCACAAAUAAACAUUCCAAUCUUAACGACUUAUUCAGGGGAACUGACGGGGCUUUUGGCUUAAGCUCGAUGUCUGCAUGGCGCCCUCCUGUCCUGUAGCACAGGUUUCUAAAUAAAGUCAUUUCUACCAGGA